AUGCUUGGGCUUGUCACAGCCGAUGGGAGUACGGUGUCUGACUCCGGGCCGACAGACCAAGUGGAUGAUAUCACGACACGGAACAAGGGUGCCGAAUUCAUAUCACAUACCAAUACGCAUAUGGACGUGGUGACGAGCAAUGUAAAUGGGACCUCUCAUAACAAAAACACUAACAAUAAUAACAGCAACCACACGACUGCUGCUCCAGCUGAUUCCACUUCAGCUACUUUGAGCACCAGUGGAAACGCGAUGCACGGUGGACUGGGUAGUGGUAUGACAGGAGGGGGAAAUGGCGAUCCGGACUCCGAGUCCGUGCACAGCGCGAAUCAAGCUUAUCAGUUGUAUCCAGUGCGUUCAAGUUGUCAUGUGAUACAUCUGAGCAGCCGACAUAUGACAGGCGCAUCGUUUGAAAAAAAUCGGGAUGAACAAUCUGCUCAUUCACCUCAAGGUCUUAUAGUCGACUAUUAUCUGGAAGCACGCCUUAAAGCGAUCGUGGUUAAAAUCACUAACACCACAUUGCACCUUUACGAAGUUUUCACAAUUACAAAUCUGCAUGGUUCUUCCGCCUACUAUCGACAUCGACAUCAUCAUCGGGUAUAUGGCAGUACCGGCGGUGGUCAACCUGGAUCAGGUACCUAUGAAACUCCGUCGUCGAUGCUCAGUUCCGAUUUGGAAUCGACCAGUUNUCCGAUUUGGAAUCGACCAGUUUUUUCGAUUCAGAAGACGACUCUAGUCGGUUCAGAUCUACAGGCACCGUUCACUAAAGGAGGACGACUAGGGUUCUAA